UCCUCUUGAGAUUCUUCAAAUUUCAAAUUAAUCUCUCUCUCUCUCUCUCUCUCUCUCUCUCUCUCUCUCUGAGUUUUCGUUCCUAAACUAAGUCUUGUGCGUAACCUUCUCUUGUAUCACUAAUGGAGAAAACAAGAUCAUCCCUUCACUCUCCCACAAAUGGAAGUCUCAUUACUGUUCUUAGUAUUGAUGGAGGUGGAAUAAGAGGGAUUAUCCCAGGAACCAUCCUCAACUUCUUAGAGUCUGAGCUUCAGAAACUGGAUGGUCAGGAUGCAAGGCUAGCAGAUUAUUUUGAUGUGAUUACAGGGACUAGUACAGGUGGCCUUGUGACAGCCAUGCUUACUACCCCAAAUGAAAAUAACCGUCCUUUGUAUGCUGCUAAAGAUAUCAACCCUUUUUAUCUCGAAAACUGCCCUAAAAUCUUCCCCCAAUCCAGUUCUCCACUCAUCAAUGUCGAGGAGAAUUUGAAAGGUCUAGGGAGACCAAAAUAUGACGGGAAGUAUUUACAUAAAAUAUUGAAGGAAAAAUUAGGAGACAAACAUUUGCGCGACACAUUAACUAACGUUGUAAUCCCAACUUUUGAUAUAAAGCGGCUGCAACCAGUUAUCUUCUCCAACUAUGAGUUGAAAAAGAAACCCAGCUUGGAUGCUUUGCUCUCGGAUAUAUGCAUUGGAACUUCAGCAGCCCCAUACUAUCUUCCAACCUAUCAAUUUAAAUCCACAAAUUCAAAUGGUGAAUCAAGAGAAUUCAAUCUCACCGACGGUGGAGUUGCUGCCAAUAACCCGGCCUUGGUCGCUAUGAGCGAAGUGACAAAACAAAUCCACAAGGGCAACCCUGACUUCCUGCCCAUGGGUGAAAAUGAACAGUUGUAUGGGCGGUUCCUAGUCAUAUCACUAGGGACUGGUACAACGUCUGAGGAGAAGUAUGACGCCAAGGAAGCGGCUGAGUGGGGUGCUUUUGGGUGGCUUAUCGGAUCCGAUUUUUCGGCUCCAUUGGUGGAUAUAUUCACCCACGCAGGUAGUGACAUGGUUGAUUUCCACCUUGCUACCAUUUUUCAGGCCCUUCAGUCUCAUGACAAUUACCUUCGAAUUCAGGAUGAUACGCUAAGUGGAACAUUGGCUUCUGCAGAUAUUGCCACAGAACAAAACUUGAAUGAUUUGGUAAAAGUUGGAGAGGCAUUGUUGAAGAAACCGGUUUCGAGACUGAAUUUUGAUACUGGUAAAUCCAAGCCUGUUCGUCCUGAGGUUACAAACGAAGAGGCUCUUGUGAGGAUAGCGAGCGUUCUCUCUAAGGAGAGGGCUCAGAGGAGCAAGGUCGUUCAUGAAAGGACAUGAUCAGCAGCACCACCAAAGAAAUAAUAUGCUGCUCUCAUACGUAUAUAUAAAAAAUUCCUUUUAAUUAUGUUUAAUCUUCAAGAAAAAUAAGAGGCCAUCAAAGUCAUGAUGAAAUGCUAAGUCAAUUAUUUUAUUUUAUUUCUUCAUGUAAUUCAGUACUGAAAUUAUUUUCUCCCAAUGUAAGCAAGAAAUUGUUUA